AUGCCUCAAUUAAAGCGACGCCGAGUGGCUCAGAACCUUGGAUCACAUGCCAAGAAAAAGAUCAAACGCUCUGAGACACCUGUCUCCAAUCACAAACGAGAUGACGACACCCAAUCUCGGGCUUCCUUAGACGCCAAUCGCACAUCGGAACUGGCAUGGGAGAAGCAAAGCAUCGAGUCCAACGAGUCCGAGGAGUCCGACGUGUCUGUGGUGGUUGAUGAUGUGCCUGAGCUUGCGGACGGCUUGUUGGCGAGUGCUCAGACAAAGCUCAGAGUCCUGAUGACUCGGAUGAAAAUCGGCACUGCGCGUGGAAAUUAUUACAAGUCCAGUGUCGGAGGCGUUCCUGCAGCCCGAACAGAACAUCUUCAUCGAGCACAGCAAGCAAAGAUGAAGAAAGCUCACGGGGGAGGAAUUUUGUCAUGGCUGAAGCCAAAAGAACUCGUGUCCAUGCCCUGCGAAGAGACUGAACGAGACGACGAGCAGCAACUCCCGGACUCUGAUGGCUCGGAGAGUGCAAGCUUGCUUGAUCGCCCUGCAUCUCCAACUCCGAGCGAGAAUAGUGGUCUGGCUGAGGAGGGACUCAAUGGUGAUAUCGACUUAGUUCGUCUGGUUUCAGAACAGCCGGACCAGCCAGAGCUUGGAUCGGAGUCUGCAAAUGAAACAGCACCUGCCACUCUGGGCACUGGCACUGCUGCGCCGCCUCCUUGCGUUCAUUUCGCACCUCUGAACUUCGAUCUCACUCGCGGCAAUGACAUGUUCAAGCCGAUAACUCCUGCCGCCACUCCUUGUUCUGGGGCUCCUCCACCUCCGAAAGUCAUCGACGCAGGAAUUGAGAAGCUCCAGGCAAUUCUGCGUCCAUCUCGCGGCCCAAAUACAAAGGGAUAUCGAUAUGCCACCAUGAACAACGUCUUACGUGGUCGUCUCGAGCUUGUGCUCGCAUUUCUGCAACUGUACAAAUCGAGUGGAUACAUGGAUUGGGGAACUCAAGCUGAUCUUAUUGCCAAAUCUGCCGGUGCUGGAGUCUGGAUGUCGCGUCGCAUUCGUGAAUGGUCCCUGGCUUUCAUGGAGGACGAGACACUGCCGGUGGCGGAAUAUGGGAAAUUCAAUGGCUGUGUUCUUGACGAUGAAGACAUCUCGCAAACGAUCUCUCUCCAGCUCCAGACACUCGGACCUUUCAUCUCUGCGCAGAACGUUGUCGAUAUCACGUCUUCGGAGGAGAUGCAGCAACGUCUCAAGCUCAAGAAACCAAUCUCAGUUCGGACAGCGGAACGAUGGAUGAAGCGGCACGAGUAUCGAUGGACUUCCCGCCCGAAAGGGAUGUAUUCCGAUGGCCAUGAACGCGAAGAUGUUGUCGCAUAUUGCCAGAAUGUGUUCUUGCCUCGGUGGCGGGAAUACUCGAAGCACACCCGCAAGUGGACCAAGGUCUCUGCGCAGAGGAACGGUGUGGAUGUCGAGGUCACGGAGGAUCACAAGCGGACAAAGAAGGAGGUUGAGGAGAGCAAGUGGGAAGAGUGGGAGGAGGAUGCGGAAUGCGUGUUUGUGGCAGGACCCGAUGGGCGCAUUGUUGUUAUCUGGAGACACGACGAGUCAAUCUUUUAUGCGCAUGAUCGACGAACUCUUUGCUGGGUUCUUUCCUCCGAGACCGCGAAGCCAUUGCCAAAAGGGGAGGGGAAAUCUCUCAUGUUCAUCGCAUUUGUGUCUCCAGAUCACGGUUGGGCUGCUCGCAUGUCGAUUCGACCAGGUGCCAAUCGAGAUGGUUAUUACGGGAACAAGGAGAUCCUUGAACACGCAACAGCGAUGAUGGACUAUCUGGACGCCAACCAUCCUGACGAGAAGCAUGUUCUUGCUUAUGACAACGCCACAAAUCACACAGCUCGCGCCCCGGAUGCUCUCUCUGCUCGGAAGAUGCCCAUGAACACACCUGGAAUCGACAAGAAGACAAACACGCAGAAGAACUGGUUUGCUAAAGCCAAGGUUGAUGGAAAGGAUGUCACCGUUUGCAUGCGCAAUGCUUCAUUUGCGAACGGCAAGCCUCAAGCUCUGUACUUUCCUCAAGGUCAUCCCAAAGCUGGCAUCUUCAAAGGGAUGCGCGUUCUGAUCCAGGAACGCAUUGCAAAAGGCGCGAAUCUCCCAGACCCCUCAAAGCUCAAAGCCGAAUGCAAAGGCUUCAAUUGUCCUCCGGGUCGCACGGAUUGCUGCUGUCGUCGGAUUCUAUUCACGCAACCGGUGAAAUGCUGA